AUGAGGCCUUCGAUCUGUCUAGAGUUCCCGGCUGUACAGUGCAAAGAACAGCCGACCAAGACCAAGACAAAGAAAUCAACCACCACAGGCGUCUUUGGUGGCGUUGUAUAUGCUCAAGCGCCUCUGGCUGCAUCGCGAGCCAUUGAGGCCGAUGAAAAACAGUCGCAUGUCACUCAGAAAGGAUACAUGGGGAUACAUUCUAUACAAGGUGUGUUUACUGUUGCUGGCCAUUCUGAUCGUCCCUUUGUACACGAGGUGACGGCCAUGCACACUGGCAAGUCCUUUGCGACAAGACUAGUGCAGACGAGACAGCCAAAGAAAGCUUCAGUUGUAGACCCAGCCACGGGAAUUUUCAACCCUUCGGACGCAACUGAGGAACUGAACGGGGUCUGCUUCACAUGCCUCACUACGUUCAAAAGGUCUAUGCCUUCUCCGGACGAUAUUCAAGAACAACAAUCACCACAAGUUCGAUUCGCAGAGAUUCUGGCGAGGAAGCGACCGGAGGAAUGGGAGCGGCCCCGUAUUGUUCAUAUCGACUCGGUCCAAGACCAAGUUUUGCGAAGCGGACAGACCGGACCGGGGACCUUUCCUGUGCUAGAAAUGUACAGGGUGGACAUGGAGGCGUACAACAAGGGUCAGGCUGUACCGGAACGUCGGGAGCUCAUACUUUACCGACCAUUAAAACCGAUCCCCAGAGAUGACCCCAACGGUCACAUUGUUUGCCACGCUUUCGAGGCCGAUAGAAACGGGCUUACCAUGCUUGGCUGCCACCUGGGCUACGGUCACCGAUGGGGAAGAGCCGCCAGCUUGAGCUACGCAUUCUACGUUCAUGUGAAUGCGGAAGAAGCUGUCAUGGGCGAUGGCUGGUGGAUUCAAGAAGCGUCUUGGCCGCGAGUGGCUGCUGGUCGCUGCACCAUGAUAUCGAAGACCUGGAGUCCCGAGGGGAGGCACGUGGCGACGGGAUAUCAAGACGGCAUGGUUGUGCCGGAAGAUCCGAACAUGUGCGUCUAA